AUGGACGCCCUGCCCACCGAAAUUAUAUUCCAUAUAAUUCGCUUUCUUGAUCCCCAUGAAAUCGUUACUCUUCAGCUCGUCUGCAAGAGGUUUCUUCUCCUCGGGCGAGAUGACACCUUGUGGCGGGAGCUGUGCUUCAUCGAAUCAUCAUUUCUCGACCGCUACCGCCGCCGGGAACUACUUGUAGCCGAAUCCAUCCAAGAACCACUGCUGAGUGACCUUACGCGGGCUUUAGCAAAUGGAAAUGGAUAUGGAUACGGCCUGGGUGACUCCAGGCUCGGCGGGUCUCAAGCAGAGUCUCGAGAUCGCAAGGCAAAUUUAGAUGAAAGAAACCGCAUAUUGGCCAACUGGGACCCAAGCUACCCCGACGAGAAAGCCAUCUGGUACGAUGAAUACAUUGCUCGAAAUGGACCUAUUUCCACAAGCUGGUUGGAGCAACCUCGCAAUCGCGAGAGCCCCCAACAUGAAUACCUCGACGUCCGUGGCAUGGGGCUUUACACAGGAUCAGGGGAUACUGAUUCAAGCUUGGUCGUGGCACCGUUGGAUGACGGUAGCGUAUGCAUAUGGGAUAUUACAGGCAGUAGCGGUCGAAAAGGAAGUAUCAUUGCCAGAAGCAAACCUGGGAUCUUGUGUCAUAAUGUUGCCCCUCCUAGUGGAUCUGGCAAAUGCUCAAAAGUAAUCAGCACAGGCAUCACUGAUUGUGUCAGCGUGGAUAAUGGCCGCAAGGUGGCCUACAUCGCAGUUGAAGAUGGCCUAGUGGAGGUUGAUCUCCAAACACUGACUACUGUUAGCCAUAAUAAAUCCCCGUUCCCGAUUACAGCUCUCUCCGAAGCCAAAUAUCCUGUGCCACUCACGGUCGGGACUAAUCGGUCACUAUAUCUUCACGACCCUCGUACGAGGAUAUCGGGUAAGUCGUCGGCUGAGUCUGAGUCCGUUGAAUACUAUGAUACCAGCUUUGCGUUCCCCCGAAGCCCAAGGCCGCUCCAUUUUCGAAAUUCUCUCAGCUCAGAACGGAAUCCCCCACAUACAAAUGUGCAUCAUCCGGGCCCUGUGAGUAUUUUGCAUCUGCCGAGCUCUGGAACCGAAUGGGAUGAAAAUGGAAACAUCUACGUUGCCGGGCGCUUUCCUAGUAUUCUGAACUAUGAUCGAAGAUAUAUGUCAAGGCUGCGUGGCACCAUCCAUUCUGGCGCCCGGCUAUGCAGCAUGGCAUCCCUUCCUUAUCCGUUCUCGUUGAUGGAAAAGGAUUUAGCAAAGGACGGUGAACUUUCAGUUGAGCAAGUAUGGGAAGCCAAAACCAGGCCAGGAAAGACAUUGAUCGCCUGUGGUGAAUACAACAGCAAAGGCUCAUUGGAGAUGUACGGUUUGUCAUCAAAACCUUUCCUCGCCAAUACCCCUUCCGAACCGGCGGCUGGCGGUCUGCAGAAUUCUGUGAUGAAGAAUCGUCAGACAUCUUCUAGUUCCAAACUACUUUCUGUCUGUAACCAUGGAACACGUAUUGUGGUGUCUGACGGGAGCGGCAAUCUCAAGUGGCUUGAGCGGGAUGGCUUCACGGAGGUCCGUAGGUGGAGCAUCGCUCACGGAUCAGUUGAGGCUCCCCAAGUAAUGUUUGGAAGUACUGGGCAUUACCACUCAGAGCCGGGCUCAGGCGAUAUUGCCAUUAAGCUCGCCGACACUCACACAGGGCGUGAUGAGCGGCCUGUAAAUGGAGGUGACUUGGUCGUGUGGACCGGCGAGAAGAUAGGGCUACUCAGCUUCUCUAGCAAAUCAGGCUUUACGGCUGAGAGCUUCGAAGCAAAAGGGCACCAAACUGCGGAAGAGGCUCGCAAGAAGAGCGAAGAGCGGGCUUACUCCCAGACAAUGCGUCUGGCAUUACAGGCCAACGCCAAUGAAGUCAGAUUUAUGAGGGAUUUAGGUUCAUCCAUUGAAUUGAUUCAAGGCGGACUCGACGAUGAGGGAGCAGCGGACUUCGUUAUAACCGGUGUCUGCUCUGUUGCAACUGGUACCAGGGACUUCCCAGGGCCCAGCAAGUUACGGUCCGAUACUACUCUGAAGCAGUGUAGUGACCAGCAUCAGUCAUCAGCGCCCUACGAAGGAUCCCCCGCUGGCGAUCUGGACGGUUCUGGGGGCCGUGUCUUUGAAUCUGUUCUCAGCUCUCUGUCUGGAGGACACGUUCCGGGCACGUUCCUGUGUGGAGUGGAGCAGCGGAGAGACGAGGACGACCAACAGCGCGAACGGACUGGGAGGGCGCAUUUCCGCUGGAUGCCAAUCAAAUAUGCGAGGCGACGGGAUUUUAAGGUUGUUUUGCCUUGUUUGCCUCACCGCUCCCUACCGCUAGACGCCGUCCUUCCGCCACCGAAUGCGUUCCCACCAUCCGCAUCGCGUUCUCCCUCCAGGCACGCACCGAAAACGACCUACGUACAUGUACAGACCGCACUGCCAUACGAUGGACGCAGUUACGCAGUGCUACGCUCGAUGCACCCUCAGCACAUAGAUCAAUAUUUGGCACCAUCUGACGGUCUGACAGCUCACCCGGCCGCAGUUGGAAACGAAAGCGCGUGUCAGCCCUUCGGUCGCUAUCAUGCGGGCCUUCUCACCUGUCUUCGCCCACGCCCGUCAAGCGGCGUUGGAGACCUCGUUGAGAGGUUGUCGAAGGCGCGAAAGGUGGCAAUGGCAUAUAAUGACGGGGUCCACGCCUUGAGGCGGCCGGUACCGAGGCAGCUUCUCACACCUGUGGCGACACCGAGAAAUUCGACGGCCGCUCUCCCCCUGGCAGUUGAGCAUGGCCGAGGCAUUACCAUGGAGCGUACCCCUUCAGGGAAUUCCAUCUUGUCAGACACGCCGUACGAGCAACGGCUCAACGAUACGUUGGCCCUCAGCGAUGCGCAGGCAGCGCGGAUGGUAGAAGAUCACUUCGCACAAGUUCACUCGGCACAAAAGCCCGAGCGAGCGAGGUUGCAGCAGCUACUUAAUAGCGGGGGUGAUGAUGAUGAGUUUCUGAGCCAUGUCUUGGAAACUUCUAAUUACGUUUUCUUCGACGGCGCCCUUACUUUGAGGGUGACGUGGGAGUGGUCAUCGCAGGAGCGCUAUCAGACCGAACUUAUCGGCACGACGGCUCUCCGGCGGUGCCUCAACGGCAACGGAUAUGAGACAUUAAUCGUGCUCUCAGAGCCCAUAUUAAAAUCGGCGGAGUACGAUCGACGCCUACUUCUUUACACUUUUCUCCACGAACUCGUACACUGCUAUCUAUUCAUCCGCUGUGGAUUUGAGGCCAGGAUAGACGGUGGCCAUACAGAGGGGUUCCACACCAUUGCCAGGCUUAUUGAUGACUGGGUCGGCGGCGGGUAUCUCAGUCUUUGUAAUGAGAAGGCGAACUUGAACUUGUUCCGGAGAGACCGCAAGCUGCGGCCCGUUGAUCAAGUGCUAGAUGUAUAUAGAGAUGAUCGACCGCAUCGAUAUCACGACCAUUAUCAUAGACCUAGGCCAACAAGGAAUUAUAGGGAGGUGGUUGGAGUUGGGUAUGAUGAUGUUUGA